UGCGAUUGUUUUGAAUUGUAGUUAGCCAAAGAGAAAGACUGAAGGAUAUUAUAGGGACAGUUUCCACGCCAGCCGAGGUUUUAUCGCUGAUGUACAAUCUAAAAAAUACUGAUGCUCAACAGAGGGUCGAACAAGAAGCGUUAGCCAUGCUACACACUAUGGACUGUUACGAGACUUACAAACUUUUAGAUAUUUUAGUGAAAAACAAAUCUCUGAACUUUACUUUAAUGCAUCAAGCCAGGCAGCAUCUUUUCUCGCGGCCAAUCACCUUGAAUUUCCCACAGUUAAGGAACCUACUCUUCAUCUUUUCAAGUCUCCAGGUAAAUAAUCCGUCAGAGUUAAAGGAGAUAUCUAUUAAUAUACUGGAAUUUCUGGAGAGCAAGUUCAUUCCAAUAUCAAACAGCCACUUAGUUGCAGUAUUACUUUCAUGCUCCAAGUUAGGAUGGAAUUACACGCAAUUAAGCAAUAAGAUAAUUAACGAAUUGAAUAAUGAUGAAGAAUUGUUCAAGACUGAGAGCGACAAAGUGCUGACAAAUCUUCUCGUGUCUUUAUGUCAUUUGAAUUUAGAAACCUACAAAGAUUUUGGGCGUAAAAUCGCGGAUCAUUUAAUUUCAAAUAACAAUAUUACAAAGAACUCUCAGUUAGAGAUAGUUAGUUCUUUAGCAUGUCUAAAAAUAGCCGAAAAGAAUGAUGUUCUACAAGUUCUGCAGCCUGACGUCUAUCAACCAAUACUUGACAGUUUAAGAGAUAGUCCAAAAUUCUUCCAGGACAAUGUUAAAUGUAAAUUAUUGAGUCUUUAUGGAUACUUGAGAGAAGAUCUAAGCGAGUCAACUGGGGAUAUAGAUAAAAUUGCUUGUAAAUGGAGGGAUCAGUUACAAGCAGAGGUAAUUAUACAUGCAUCAUUUCUGUACCAGCCAGCCCACCAGACUCAUUCGGUAAGAGCGUGAUCCUUGUAAUGUCAA